AUAUCUCUAAUCGACCACACCAUGGCAUCAUCUUCCCCAUCUUCCGCCGUGAUCCAGAUGCCUCCAAGUCCAAACACCAACGGCCAGCCGACGGCUCCGGCAACGCCCAAGGACGAGGGCGACGUCCCAACUACGGUGCCAGCAGCAGCCAUGGCGACGGACAAGGUCAUGUCAAGCGCGGCGAACCUCGCGCAGCUCCUGCCGACGGGCACGGUGCUGGCGUACCAGGCGCUGUCCCCAUCCUUCACCAACCACGGCAAGUGCUUCUCCUCCAAUCAGUGGCUCACCGCGGCGCUGGUCAUCGUCCUCACCAUCUCGUGCGUCCUCUUCUCCUUCACCGACAGCGUCCUCGGCCGCGACCAGAAGCUCUACUACGCCAUCGCCACGCCACGCGGUUUCAACGUCUUCAACUUCUCAGACGAAGAGGAGAAGCUGCAAUGGACUCCCGCCGAGUUCCGGAGGCUCCGCAUCCGGCCGCUCGACUUCGUACGCGCCGUCUUCACGGCCCUGGUGUUCCUCACCGUGGCUUUCAGCGACGUGGCGCUGCAGAACUGCUUCUUUCCCAGCGCCGGCAGGAACACCGAGGAGCUUUUGAAGAACCUGCCACUUGGCAUCGCGUUUCUAUCCAGCUUUGUGUUCAUGAUAUUCCCCACAAAAAGGAAGGGCUUCGGCUACAGCGACACGACUCCUCGCCAAAAGCUCACUUGAUUUUAACAUCAUCUUUUUCUGAACAGUUAGAUACAUUUUAGUAUAAUCACGCUAUAUAGUACAAUGCAUCUUUCUGAUGCAGAGGCUGGGGUACAUCCCCUUUUCAAAAAAAAAACGCUAUAUAGUAUUACAGCUUGAGGAUAGAUUCUGAACAGUUAGAUAGAUUUCAGUAGAUUAUAAUGUUUAGAUCACUUGUUUUAACAGUUAAUCACGGUAUAUAGGAGUAGUUUUACAUAUGCUUACUUUGUUUUCUGUAAUGCUUGUGUAUUGUACAGUUCAUUCAUGCCAAAUUUAAGGAAAC